UCUUCGCCAACACGCGUUGCCACAGAUAAAGCUUCCAAACACACACUGAUAAAAAAAUCGUCGGCACUUUUCAUCUCUGACAAAGUACUUUUUCCGGUUUGCGGGUCGAUGUGGCACUUCCGGGUAUCCGCGAAUUUUUCUGAUGGGAGUCUGUGACGAUCUCGUACGAAAAAUGGAUUUUGUUUGUUUUUAUGGCAACCGAUGAUGUGUUUUUGUGAUAUUUUUGCGAUUUGAAAAUUUUUGUUAAAAUGGCUCUAGAACUGAGUUCGCAUCCUCCGAUGCCGUUGGACUAUAGUAAUGGUGGGACAAGAGAAAAUUCGACUAGUCCAGUCAAUGUUUCCGAUUCGGCACCGUCGAGUCCGCCGGGAAAUAGCGCUUUCACCGUCGUGACGCCCAAGGGGAGAGAUCUCAAUUUGCCCGAAAGAAGUGGAUCCCCUAUACAAUAUCCGUCACCUACUGGUUUUGCUACUUACUGCAGGACGCUGUGGGGCUCACCCUUCAUUUCGGGGAGUCCUCGGUAUCUGUCUCUUGCUCAUAAUCAUGCGGAACAAUCAUCGGAGAAAACGAAAGAACCCAUCAACUUCGGCAUCAAUCGCCUAGUCACCAAAUCCGAAGACGAAGAUGAACAAUCUAACAACAACAACACUAAAUAUUACCAAAAAGAAGAGGGCAGUGGCGACGAAAUGAAAAUUAACGGUGAUAAUCGAUGGGAUAACUCCCCUUCAAGACCCUCCCCUAGCACAUCGCCAGAGUUAGAAGUAGAUUCCCCGCCUCAUUCCAGAACGAACACACCUUCCCCUAGACCUCCAUCAGUAACAGAGCUACAAAAAAUUGACGCACCUGCGAAAAAAUCCGAAGCUUUUUCUGUUAGUGCGCUGUUACGACCGGACAAUCCGAAAAAAGUCGACGGUGCUCCCUGUUACCAAGAAACCAUAUCAGUCACGAGGUCAUAUCUGUACCCCCCUUUCGUGGACUUAUUAAAAGAUGCACAGUUGAAGACAAAUGCAGAAUACAGUCCGGCGUUUCUGCCGAGGAAUUUCGUGCAUCCGGGUUUUUUCCCUUCUAGUCUCUACCCGCAAAAAGAGAGCGAGGAACGAGGGUUUUUGCCGACGCCUACGUCACUAUAUUUUAGUGCAGUUGCCGCUGCCAUGGCAAACGGGCAGUCGCAACCGGGACAAUAUCCUCCACCACCUACUUCAGAAGAGCUGUUUAGGUUAAGGCACCACCUUAUGAACAGUCCUGGGGUUCAUCCGCACCAUCACCACUUGCUGAUGAGGCCGGGGAUGAUGCCUCUAGGAGAUGUGUAUUCUUGUAUUAAAUGUGAAAAAAUGUUUUCCACGCCUCAUGGUCUUGAGGUUCACGCCAGGAGGUCGCAUAAUGGAAAAAGACCAUUUGCCUGUGAACUGUGCAAUAAAACGUUUGGUCACGAAAUUAGCCUUAGUCAACAUAGAGCUGUGCACAACGUGGAAAAAGUGUUCGAGUGCAAACAGUGUGGGAAAUCCUUCAAGAGGUCUUCGACCCUAUCGACACACUUAUUGAUACAUUCGGAUACAAGACCUUACCCCUGCCAAUAUUGUGGCAAGAGGUUCCAUCAGAAGUCUGACAUGAAGAAACACACUUACAUCCACACCGGUGAAAAACCCCACAAAUGCACAGUCUGCGGAAAGGCCUUCAGCCAGUCCUCCAAUCUCAUCACCCACUCUCGGAAGCACACAGGUUUCAAGCCCUUCGCUUGCGACCUCUGCGGCAGAGCAUUCCAAAGGAAAGUCGAUCUAAGGAGGCACAAAGAAACUCAACACACCGAACUGCGGCCGAUAGUCACAUAGUGUCAAACCACCGGAAGUACGACCACACUUCCGGUAACCAGUUUCAGUUCCAAGGAGGAAGAAGGCGGCAAAAUGCUGCCUUCUUUUAGGCCGCAUUCCUUAACGAUGGACCAAAGCGCUUCGCAGCCGAUGACUAGCAAUCAUCUGAUCAGUGCUGAGGCAAGUUCCUCGAAUUUGCAGUUGCCUCCGAUACGUUCAGUGUUUUCUAAUGUUUGUUGGACGUCGUAAAGUAUACCAAAGACAUACCAAAUUCACUCUAUAGGCGUUUCAUCUGUGAUUUUUAGACAUCAUAUGAGAUAUGGUGCUAUCUAGUUUUGUAUUGGUUAGAGGUUUGUUCAAAGCCGUUGUGGAAGGGAUGCAAUCUUGAUCAUUGCGGCUGUGAUCAGAUUCCAAAACUUAAAUCAUUGUACUAGGUGUUAUUUGAGGCCCUUAAAUAUUUAAUGUGCAAUUUGUUAUUUGAUAGUGCAAUUUUACAGUUAUUAUUGAUACAAACAUAUCAAGAGCAGCGGUCACACUUUCAACUUUCCUGUGUUAUUAGCAAAUUUAAGAUUAACCUCUCUUUAGGUUUUCGUUAGACAUCGAUUUCAAUCUGCAUUUCUACACGUUAAUAUACGUACAUUCCACGCUAAUCGAUGGCUAACCAAAACGUAAACGUCGCAAGAAAGGUCUCAGUAAGUUUAGCUUUUUAUUUCCAGGACACGUUUUAUGAACACCCGUCAAAUUAGACUAUCUUUAUGUAUGACGUUGAAGAAAACUAUUUUUAAUUAAGGAACAUUGCAAAAUUUGAAUCAAAUUACUGACAAAAUUAAUUGGCUGGGUUACGUGAAAAUGGGAGAAUUUUUAUUGUUUCUAAUUUAAACAAAAGGUCUGUAACUACGUCCAAACUACAACGAGUAAUUAGUACAUCAUUCGGCCGUGUCGUAAAAGCAGCUAUAAAAAAUCGUAUUUAGUUGUUCCACUUUUCUUGAUAAAGGAUAAUUAUAUUGCUAGAAUUUAAAUCUUGAGUUAAUUCAGCAAACUUGAGACAACAGCUAUAAAUGAGCCUGACAGUGUUCGCAUACAUGAUAAGUGUCAUUACUAAGAAUGCAAAUAAUUUGCCGCUCUUAACUUCAACGUUUUCAACUAUCGAUAGAUUCCACUCUUAACUAAAUUACAUUAUUAAAAAAUAAAUGUCAUGUUACUAAUGUAACAUGUAUAACUUUUGAUUUAACAUAUUGCCAACUUAAAAAAAUUAACAUCCGUUAAAACCUGUACAAGGAGUGUCCAUCCAAAAGAUUUCUGUUUCAGAUACGCCAGUUCUAAAGUCAUUUGCAUAAUUGAGCAAUGUCGAAAUUAUGUCUCCACCGUCGUGUCAUCCAUUUUAAGAUUGCGUUAACUUUCAUGACAAAUGCAAAAGCUUGACGGUGUUGCAAACUCAAGGUACAAUAUCACUAGACGAGAAAGUCGCGUAGAGACCAUAUCUUUAUUUACAACAGAGCAUCUACGCCGCAGGAAUAUAAAGCAGGCUUCCUUGAUUGAGCAACUUGAUUUUUAACCAGAGUUGCCUCCAACUACGGAUUGAAAUCUUCGUCUCGAGGAAAAGCGAGAUUUUGCCCGCAGCACCGCAGCAAAUUGAAAAAUAUUCCAUUCUUUCAAACAACUCCUGAAUUAUUUAUCAGCGCCGUAAUUAACGGCCAUUAGCAUUGUUUAUUUGGAGUGCUGCUCAUUUCGGCAUUUCUUCGCGGUGAAAAAAUGAUUUGUAAAAGUUAACAGAGAUGUAAAUUUUUACGUAGUCGUAGCUAAUUACGAGGGCAAUACAUUAUUGGAGGUUUAAGCAAAAAUUAGAAUAUUCUAUUCACUAACAUAAUUUUAAUAAAAACACAAUUUUGGCGAUGUUAUUUGGCGUACAUACUUUAUUUACAAAAAUCGUGGACACUUUAAAUUUAUAUAGCAAAUUUUAAUAGUAAAAGUAAUGGAUUUGUGGUUACAGCGCUUCAUUGCAGCAAUUUUUACUCAAAUCGCAAUCAUUUCGCGGAGGGCAGAUUAACAGCUGCUGAUUAAAUUAUGCAGAAUGCGGCGUUGUCAUGUCAUGUAACUCCAUACUCCCAAAGCUGUGGUAGGGAAGAUCACGACACUAGAAAGCUGGUUUCCGGUUUCAGCGUCGUGUCGACACCCCCGCGUUCUACCACCGAAGCCGCUUCAAGCUCGCAAAGCUGUCAAGUUUCAUUCUCUUAAACGACUGAUUUUACUUCAACAAUUCUAGAUUUGUUAUUUUCAAAGCCGUGCUCCUGGAAAUCUUCCGCUGAAAUAUUUAUCUCAGUGAGUGCUGAAAGUGUUGCAACUGUCUCGCAGUUGUCUGUUGAUGUAACGACAUCUUUAUUAUUCAGUGCAGUACACGGUAUAGUUAUACGUACGAAAGUCAUUUGUAAUGCAACGAUUCUAAUGAUCUCACUAUCAGCAGAUUUAUACUUAGGUACAAUAAAUUUGCAGAGGCGGAUGUGGUCAAUUGAAGCAACAGUCAAUUGUGAAACGAAGAAGUUAUAAAUAAGUGUUAGCGUUGAUCACAUCCGGGUCUGGCGAGAAUGGAGAUUUAUGUUUUGUCUGAUGCCUAACACUUUCAAUUUAGUACAAGUAUUCAACGAUAUUAUUUUGCAACUACCAAUGUACAUAUUUUUCAUUGUUAUUUUUUGUGGAUAGCUUUAGUCAAUGUUAAAUGUAUAAAAAUAAUGUAAAUUAUCAAAUUUUAAGUAAUUAUAAGGCACUUUGUAUGUAAAUGUGAAUUCUGUAAAUAAGCUUUGUGUAUGUUUUAACACACAACUUUAUUCUGUCACCAAAAAGUAAAUAAAAUAUUGUGAUUAUAUAAAAA